AUGCCCGGUGAUCUCAAGGCCCGGGCGCCGUCGCGGAACCGCGCGGAGGAAUCGCGCCGCGGCGCUGCUGGCCAUCGCCGAGUCGCGCGCGACGAACUCGGCGCGAAGAUGAUGGACUUCGCUCCGGCCGAUCUCUGCAAUCCCGAUCCGCGCCUGAUGCUGAAGAAGAGGCUCCGCGAGGAGAUGGAGGCGCUCCGCGGCAUCCUCAGGAAAGCCGAGCUCUUGGCCGGCAAGACCAUCGGCGACGGCCGCGCCGCACCUCGCCGCGGCAAGGACGAGCGUUUCUUGGCGGCGGAACCCCGCCCUGCGGCCAUGGAGGCAGAUCGCCCAAGCAGCGCCAAGAGAAGGAAGACAAUGCCUCUUGCCGCGGUCGUCAGGCCCAGGAUGUCAUCUGACGAGAUCUCUAACCUGGCCACCAAGAGAAGGAGGAUGAUGCCUCUUGCGGCGGUCGUCAAGCCCAGGAUGUCGGCGGAUGAGAUCUCCAACCUGGCCACCCAAGUGUCGUUGCUCUCGGAGGACAUGCCGGCGCGCAUCCUCGAGUUCCUCAAGAAGGAGUGCACCGGCCACGAAGACAGGAACAGCGGCGAGAUGGAGAUCGACAUCGGAUCCAUGAGGCACUCUGCCUUGUUCGAGCUGAGGAAGUUGCUGGAUGAGUUCGCUGAAGAGAAGCACAGGCACCAGAAGGAGGCGUCGACGAACGCGUCCAGAUCCACUAGUUGCUCGUCGCCGCGUGAACAUGAGGAUGGCGAGAUCGUCGAGGAGGGGGAUUACGAUGUCGCUACUGGCACGUGCAGCUACGCCUCUCCCGUGGCGGCAGGCAAGGUUCUUUGUUCACCGGCACGAACACUCGAAGACGAUGAGAUAGCAGAUGAGAAAGUCAUAUGCGGCGGCGCCGCCCCUGUUGCAACCGAGAAGUUUGCUGAAACUGGAAAUAGCCCAAGCAGCAGCAGUUCUAGCAGUUCUUCUGGAUCCUCCAGCAGCAGCAGUUCUAGCAGUUCUUCUGGAUCCUCCAGCAGCAGCGGCUGCUCAUCUGGAGGUUCUUGCAGCGAUUCGUCAGACUCCGACAGCAGCGACUCCGACUCUGACGAUGAGAGCGUGACAAGCAGACCGGCCCCUGCUGUUCUUCCCAAGACUGAUGAUCUUACCAAGCAGCCCAAGCCCGUGGCAGUUGAUCUGUGUUCAUCACCGUGUUUAACUGAACAGGAUACCAAGAACAACCCAAGAAGCAGCAGCAAUUGCAGUUCAUUACUUGAAGACGGCGAGAUAGAAGAAGAAGAGUGCGGCGGCACCUCCCUUCCUGCACCAGAGAAGUUUGCUGAAACCGUGAAUAGCCCAAUAGGAAGUAUCAAGUCAUCAGGAUCUGCCAGUGAUGGGAGUGUCAUCAGCAUUUCCCAACAGCAGCAGCCGGCUGCACGAGAUCGCAAGACCCCUCUCUCUGAGGCCGAGUAUCGUGACAUCAUCGCCAAGGGACGUCAGAUGCAGCGCAGGCAGAGCAAUCCGGAGAGGAAGAGAGCCUAUGAAGAGCUGGAAGAGAAGGAGAGGAACGCGACGCCGAUCAGCGACUGGAUACACCCGAUGCAGUUGAGGCAGCUGGGGAUCACCCAGGUGGAGCACGCUGUGACCUCUGAACGGCGUGUUCCCGGUCGUGGCAGCCCGGUGCAGAGGCUACUUGGGCUCUUCUUGAAAGCAGAGUAG